GACAGCAGUGCUACCGACGUGACGACUCAGUUCGCUUCGGGAUGAGUUUAUUCGGUUCGGUUUUGCUCUUCCUGGGAGCUCUCACGGCGUGCGGUGGAGUUUUCGGCGAUGGAUUCCUGAUAGCGCAAAAGGAUGGCUCGUUUGCCUUGACGGUGGUUCAUCUGAACGAUUUCCAUGCCCGGUUCGAGGAGCAGAACAGCUUGUCUACCCGAUGCAAACCGGACCAGGGAGAGCACUGUGUGGGUGGCUACGCGAGAGUCGUUUCCGCUGUGAAAACACUGACCGAGCAGUAUAAGGCACAGAAUCCGAUCUAUUUGAAUGCGGGUGAUAACUUUCAAGGCUCAUCCUGGUACACGCUGCUGGGGUGGAAUGUGAUCAGUUACUUUCUGAAUUUGCUUCCGGCGGACGCGGUAACCCUAGGCAACCACGAGUUUGACCACGGAAUUAAAGGCGUUGUGCCGUUUCUGGAAGCGACCAAAUCGCCGAUUGUUGUUUGCAAUAUCGAUGACAGCGAGGAGCCAAGCUUCCGAGGGAAGUAUCGUAAGUCGGUGGUAAUCGAGCGGGACGGCCGAAAGAUCGGUAUUGUUGGCGUUAUUCAUCACCUAACGCACACACUUAGUAUGACGGAGCGUUUGAGGUUUCUGGAUGAGGUACAAUCGAUUAAUGAAGAGGUGGCGACGUUAAAAGCGAAUGGAGUUGAGAUUAUAAUUGUGCUGUCGCAUUGUGGGAUUGAUAUUGAUCGGAAAAUUGCUGAACAGUGCGACGAUGUUGAUCUUGUAGUUGGCGGACAUUCGCAUACGUUUUUGUACAAUGGAACGGCAGAGGGUUUGCCAGAUUCACCGGUGGACACUUAUCCUGUGGUGGUGGAUCAUGCUAGUGGUCAUAAAACAUUGAUUGUUCAGGCUUCAUGUUUCUCGAAGUUUGUUGGUCGUCUUACUGCUUACUUUGACGAAAGUGGAAAUAUAGUUGAUUGGGAAGGAAAUCCAAUCUAUUUGGAUGAAUCGAUUCCACAGGAUCCGCAAAUCGUUGAAGAGCUGGUACCAUGGAGAGAGCAAGUUGACGCUUUGGCCUACCAUCAGGUGGGUAGUUCACGUGUGAUUCUUUCGAAAACCGAAUGUCGCGUUGCAGAGUGCAAUAUUGGAAGCUUCGUGGCUGAUUCUUUCGUCGAUUAUUACGCGCGUAAUCGCAAGCAACCCGAUGAGUGGACUUCUGCUGCGAUUGGGAUCACGAAUGACGGUGGCAUCAGAACGUCACUGCAGAAGGGGGUUCUAACAUACGACGAUUUAAUUACGGCUGUUCCGUACGAAAACACUAUCGACACGUUCGAUCUACAGGGACGGUAUUUGUGGGACGCACUGGAGUACAGUGCCGGUCGGCAUGGUUCUGCGGAUUUUCUUCAGAUAUCGGGACUUCGCGUUGUGUACAAUGUUACAAGAUCCUUUGGCCGCCGGGUCGUAUCGGUCGAUGUCCGUUGCCGAGCCUGUCGGGUGCCCAAGUACGAGCCGUUGGAUCAGAAUAAAAUUUAUCGACUGGCCGUGGCAGCGUGGAUUGGAAACGGCGGCAACGGGUACUCUAUGUUUAGCGAACAUCGAACCAAUGUGGAAAUAGGACCGUUUGACAUUUUGGCACUGGAGGAAUACGUGACCAGAAUGUCUCCAAUUCUGCAGGGUACCGAUGGCAGAAUUCGUAUUUUAACGUAAAUUGGUGUGAAAAUUAUU